AUGAGGCUCGGUGCAGGCAGGGCAGUUUUUCUCUCUUUUUUUGCGGGGUGGUGUGAGUCAUCCCGUUUUCUCCACAUGCAGAUUAUCUUCUAUGAGAACAGGGAGUUCUCUGGGCGCCAUUUUGAGUGCUCCAAGGACUGUGCAGAUCUGCUGAGGAGUCUGAGCCGGUGCGGCUCCAUCAGGGUGGAGAGUGGCAGCUUCAUGAUUUACGAAAAAGCCAACUACACUGGGAACCAGUACUACCUGAGCAAAGGAGAGUAUCCUGACAUCCACCACUGGACGGGUGUCAGCGACUCUGUCGGCUCUUGUCGCCACAUCCACACGGAGCCUGGGUCAUUCAAAAUGUGCUUGUAUGAGAGGAUUGAGUUUGGUGGCCAGAUGAUGGACCUGAUGGACGACUGUCCCAGUCUAGUGGACCGCUUCAACAUUCACAAUAUCUUCUCUUGCAAUGUUAGAACGGGGAACUGGCUCUUCUAUGAUCACCCUCAGUAUCGAGGCAAGAUGUACCUGAUUCGACCAGGAGAGUAUAAAAGGUUCAGUGAGUGGGGCGGCAGGAGUGCCAGGGUCGGCUCCAUCAGACGCAUUAUAGACUAUUGACCUACUGUAGGGGAAUAUAGAUAGCACAGAAGACAGUUGUUUUUUUUGUCAUAUUUAUAUUCAUUUUAGCCUU